AUGCCGGUCCAGAUCCCGGAUGACUCGGACUUCAGGUCGUUCAGAGACCAGUGUCUGAGUCCAGACGGAUGGACGAGCCGCUACAACAAAGGCGGGGUGACGGUGUGGUGCCAGGAGGGGGACGAGGGCCACACGGUCCAGAAGAUCAAGAUGAGGACAGUGUGCAAAGAUGUGGCAGCGGAGACGCUGUACGAUGUCCUCCAUGACACCAGCUACCGCAGGAAGUGGGACACCAACAUGAUCGAUACGUACGACAUCGGAAGGCUGACGGUCAACGCUGACGUAGGAUACUACUCCUGGAAAUGUCCCAGUCCCCUGAAGAACAGAGACUUUGUGACCAUGAGGUCAUGGCUUCCACUUGGCAACGACUUCCUUAUCAUCAACUACUCGGUCAAACACCCGCAACACCCACCCAGGAAGGACUUUGUCCGAGCUGUGUCUCUUCUGACCGGGUACCUAAUCCAGUCCAAUGGAGACACCAGCUCUACCCUGUACUACCUGACCCAAGUGGACCCAAGAGGUUCUCUCCCAAAGUGGGUAGUGAACCGAGUGUCUCAGUUCGUGGCUCCAAAGGCCAUGAGGAAGAUCUACAAGGCGUCUCUGAAGUACCCGGAGUGGAAGAGGAAACACAACCCGGGGCUGAAGCCGUGGAUUUACCCCGAGCAGAACACUCUGCCGAGCCUCCAGGCCUCCGAGCUGACGCUGCAACGAGCCGAGUCCCUGGACAACAUCGACGAGAGCGCCGCCCCCGAGGACAGGGACGAGGAGAGGGACGAGGACAGGGACCAGACAUAGUGGGACAACAUCAACAAGAGGGCCGGCCCCGAUGGACAGGGACGAGGACAUAGGGGGACACCACCAACUAGGACAAGAACCACAGCGAGGACAACGAGACAUAGGAUGACGACGAAGCAAAAUCAAGACGACGAGACCAAGCUGGAGGAAGACAUGUGUGUGUGUGUGUGUGUGUGGGGGGGAUUCAUAACGUCUUGAAGGAUUCAUAAAGUAUUCUAAUUCUAAUUCUAAUUCUAAUUCUAAUUCUGAUUCUGAUUCUGAAUCUGAUUCUGAUUCUGAAUCUGAAUUUUCAAAGAGCAACUGAUGUUGAUUAAUUAGUUGAUUCAUGAGUUGAUUAAUUAAUUGAUUAAAACACUCUCUUCUCUUUUCUUUUCAUUCUUCGAUGAAUAAAAUAUUAUGUGGACUGAUUGUUGGCUGUGAGGGAGCUGCAUCGUCACAUCAGUUCUUUGUUUAUUUAUUUUAAUAUUUACUUUUAUUUAGAAUAUUGCUUUGUGUUGCUUAACUAAAUAUGGAUCCCUUUUACUUGAUUAAUAAAUUUACCUAAAUAUCUGUUUGUUUGGUUUGAUUUGUAAUCAUCCUCCCUCUCUGCUGCCUCUGUGGGCGUGGGAACCUGGAAGAUCUGUAACAUCCACUAUCACUACCGCCACAUUGGAUUUUCCCUUUUAUUAGCAACUAGAUUUUUAUAACUGCCAGAGGAUAAGACCUUACUGGAAAACAUAAAUAUAUAUAUAUAUAUAAAUGAUUUAACGUAAACAGUCCAUUUAAAUGUGAAACUAUGUGUUUGGUCAAUCUACUGACAAAUAAUAAGACAAAAACAGCUGGUUUUACUGUUGGCAGCGAGUAAGCGACGUCACAAGAGAAUGGUUAAAAGUAGAACCACCCACCACUGAAUGGAGUGAAAUGGGACUGAUGUUAUGGAGAAGAUACAUUUUUAGACUUGGACCAAAUGCACUGAUUAUGUCAAACUGAUCAGAUCAGAUUUCACUCCACGGAACAAGUCCUCUUUUUAUGUGAAGUUUUGAGGAGUUGCGCUGCCCUGUUCUGUUUUCAUAAUGUUUCCACUAGAGAUCCGUAGGAGUAAAUCCUGCAUCCAUUCCUUUGAUGUUUUCAAUGACUAAGGCUGUAACUAUUGUAUAUGUUAGAAAUUUGCCUUUCCAAAUAAAAAGAGAAUUUCAGAAAAAAAA